AGAUACAUGGCCCGAUGAGCCAAUUCAAGAGAUACCCGACAGCGAACUGGAAAUCAAAAGGAAGAAAACGACUUGUGCGACUCGCCUCCAGACGACUGUAAGCCCUCUGCUCUAUGAACUCCUCGAAAGAUACUCGGACUGGUCGAAACUACUUAAAUAUGUGGCUUGGCUAUGCAAGUACAAAGCUUGGUUGAAAAAUGGCAAACGUUUAGAAUGCAAUACUUUAACCGUGGAUAACCUGACUUUAGCUAAACGAACGAUUGUUUCACUUGUUCAACACCAGUCGUUUCCGGAAGAAUUGCAAGAUCUUAAAAGAAAAGAUAAAACCGGUCAACGUGUGAAGAAAUCGAGUUCGAUUGUGAAGCUUAAGCCCAUGCUAGGCGAGAACGGACUCCUAAGGGUCUCUGGUAGAAUAUCAGAAGCACCAAGCAC